GAUAAAGGAAUUGGAUCUCAGUGGCAACAAUCUCGAAACAUUACCACUUGUAAUAGGGGAGCUGGAGAAUCUAAAAGCAUUAUUUCUUAAUGCUAACAGAUUAAAAUUAUUGCCAGAUGAGAUAGGAAACCUAGUUAAUCUCCAGUAUCUGAAUCUCAGUGUUAACGAACUUGAAUCAUUACCGGCCAUAAUAGGGAACCUAAUUAAUCUAAAAAUACUGUAUCUUGGUGAUAACAAGCUUGAAUCGUUACCAGCUGAGAUAGAAAAGUUGAAGAGUCUACAGAAACUGAAUCUUUUGAAAAACAGAUUUGAAAUAUUUCCAAAUGUAGUAGGAGAGCUGAAGGAUCUACGAGGACUGAGUCUUGAUGGUAACAAGCUUGAGACACUACCACCUGAGAUAGGAGAGCUGGAGAAUCUAAAAAUACUGAAUCUUAGUAAUAACAAACUCGAGACCUUACCAGACACUAUAGGAGAGCUGGAGAAUCUACAAGAACUGUAUCUUGGUGGUAACAAGCUUGAGACAAUACCAGUAGCAAUAGGAAACCUGAAGAAUCAGAUCUGUAUCUCAAUGAUAACAAACUCGAGACACUGCCAAUUGAGAUGGAAAAGUUGUCAGGUUCAUUGCGAUU